AUGCGUAGCCCCGUCAUCGCGUUCUCCCUCCUCGCUGCCGCAGUCAGCCCCUCUCUCGUUUCCGGCGCGCCCGCAUCCCCCAAGCUCGACAAUGCUCUCGCUCAGACUGAGAACGCUGCCACCAUGACUCAUGCCAUUCGCGCCGACCCUCUUAGCAGUAUCGGCGGUGUGACUAACAUGCUCGGGGGGAGCGCCGCUAAGCCUCCCGCGGCUGCCCACACCGACGACCCGGUUCAUCGUACCCAGGCCAUGAAGUUGGCAAAGGCCCAGACCCAGCAGGGCAGCGGCCCUGUGAAGGCCGCCGCUGUGCCCGCCGCCGCUCCCAAGGCCAAGGCCAAGCGUUCCGGCGACAACAACACGGCGGGUGGUAACGCUUACUCCGGUGCCGCCCAGGAUUCCUCCGGUGGCGACGUCGUGAACGCCUCUCAGGACGGUACCAUCACUAACGCGGACGGUUCCAGUGAGUGA